UCAUUUCAAUAUUUUCCAGGCUUCUAAAAGUCCAUGGGAACUUUCUUUUGUGCACAGAAGUCUGAUCCUGUCGUAACCGAACAGGAAACCCGACCAUGUCCUCAUCCGUGGCCGACACGGAAGAGAAAAGUUCGGAUCCGGUUCCCGUCCGUCCUCGGACCGGACCCCCUCCGACUUCGGCGCCAGAGAUGAAAGAAUCGGAACAAGUUGCGGGCGCUGAAAUCGACGACCAUCAUGACCAACCUCCCGAUGGCGGCCUCCAAGCAUGGCUCCAAGUGCUCGGCUCCUGGGCCAUCCUCGCCGACACCUGGGGUCUAAUCAACACCUUCGGCGUCUUCCAGACGUAUUACGAGCGCGUCCUGCUGCCGGGCGUUUCGGCCAGCGACAUCUCGUGGAUCGGCUCUCUACAAGGCGCCCUCCUGAUGAUCGUCGGCCCCCUAUCCGGCUCCCUCUACGACGCCGGCUACUUCCGCCCGCUCUUGCUGGUGGGCAUCGUCCUCAUCGUGCUCGGCCAGGCCAUGACCUCGCUGGCCACGGAGUACUACCAGCUCGUGCUGGCGCAGGGCGUGUGCAUCGGCCUGGGGUGCGGCUUGACCUUCCUACCGUCCACGGCCAUCCUGAGCCAGUACUUCCGCCGGCGUCGCGCGCUGGUCAUCGGGCUCGCGUCUACGGGCUCCCCGCUGGCCGGGUCCCUCUUCCCGCUCAUCUUCUCCCGGCUCGAACCUGCCAUCGGCUUCGGCUGGACCACCCGCGUCAUCGCCCUCGUCCUGCUCGUCCUCUCCAUCUUCCCCGCCCUCUUCAUGCGGCCUCGCGAGUCGUCGUCGUCGUCGAGGGCUCACGCUACGCCUACGCCUACGCCUACGCCUACGCCGGGCCCCAGGCCUCCUCGCGGCAUGCGUUCCCUGGUCGACGAAUCGGCCUUCCGGGACGUGCCGUUCCUGCUGGUGAUGACGGGCGGGUUCUUCGCCUUCCUGACGCUCUACGUCGCCUUCUUCUACAUCGAGCUCUUCGCGGUGCGGCACGGCAUCGGGCCGGAAGGGUUCUCGCCGUACUUCGUCACGCUGCUCAACGCGGGCAGCAUCGUGGGCCGCGUGGGGCCCAACUACCUGGCCGACAAGGUCGGGCCGCUGCACAUCCUGGUCGGGGUGCUGGGGGCGUCGGCGACGCUCAUGUUCGGGUGGAUGGGCAUCCGGGACUUUGGCGGGCUCGUCGCCUUCGCGCUGCUGUACGGGCUGUUCUCGGGCAGUGUGGUCAGCGUGACGCCUACGGUGGUGGUGAGCCUGGCGCCGGACAUGGCACGGGUGGGCACGCGGAUGGGCAUGAUGUUCUUCGCGUGUGGGCUGCCCAUCUUGUUUGGGACGCCCAUUGCGGGGGCCAUCGUCGGGGGAUACUCGCGGGCCGAGUGGCGGGCUAUGAUCGGGUAUGGGGCCGCUGGGUUGGCGAUGGCAUGCGUGUUCACUGGUUUGGCGGGGAUAUAUAUGAGGUGGGAGAAGCACGAAUCAUCAGACUAAUUUGUAGACGAGACGAAGCAGAAGGAUACGAAUGACGGAGCACAGCAAUGGGGACAAGCAUGCCGGGUAUGGGGUUGUAGGUGGAUGGUGAGAUGCCUCCUCUUGAUUCACCGCAUCCCGGGGAGGACACGGUGUCACGUAGUCUGAAUCAUACAGAUAGAUUGAUUCUGGCCCCAUGAGAACGAAGUAUGCUGCCAGA